UAUUGGAAGCGAGUAAUUCUGCGGAGGAUAGCGAAAGAGAUACCGUACAACGCCGAAACGACUGGCAUCUCGUGAACUGUCAGCGCAGCCGAACCCUAGAAGGGCAGCAGCCAUGUUCCCUCAUCAGUCGGAAGAGUUGCUCACUCUAAUGGAAACUCUUACAUUUCUUGCAGGACAUGUUGAAAGGUCUGCAGAGGCUAAUGUGGGCGCACGAACAGUGCAAGAACAAAAUGCUGGACCUGCAGAAGGCAGUGCAGAUGCACCAACAAGACAAGAUGCACAGCGGGUAGAAACUUUUAUUAAGGAAGUGGCUGCUUUGGACCAAGCACUUUGCCGACUUCGAGCUUCACAACAAAAAGUUAAAAGGUUGCUAGCAAUUUCACAAACUGGCAUUACUGGACUAUUACGACUAGUGCCUGAGCCACGAGGAGCUGUAGGACACCACUCCGCUGCACUACCGCAUCGAGUGUCCCAGAUAUGUAGAAUUGCAAAAGCCAAGUUCAAUGCACUUAAAGAAGCAUAUUACCUACUAAGAGCUGCAGAAGUCAAUAUGCUCACUGUAGCUGAAAAAGUUACAGAUGAUGGAAGGGCUGUCUCUGGAGCAUUGGGAUCCCAGGAAGUAACAGUUGAAGAAGAUAUCAUGACAUUAAUACAGAAAACAAUUGUAGGAAUACUGGGAGUACUGGCCAAUUCAGGUGAUCUGUCUCAAGCAGGGGAACAGUUUGCUGUGCCAGCAGAAGCUUUCCUGGCUAGACUUAGAAGGCGGAAGCAACAUAAACAAACAGCAGUGGCUAAUGUGGAUGCACCAACAGGAGAAGAACAACAUCAAGAAACAGCAGUGCCUAGUGUGGUUCCACCAACUGGACAAUGUGCCCAGCGAGUAGAAACUUUUAUUAAUGAAGUGGCUGCUUUGGACCAAGCACUUUGCCAACUUCGAGCUUCACAAAAAAAAGUUAAAAGGUUGCUAGCAAUUUCACAAGCUGGCAUUACUGGACUAUUACAACCAGUGCCUCAGCCACGAGGUGCUGUAGGACGCCACGUCGCUGUACUACCACAUCGAAGGUCCCACCAAUAUAGAGUUGUAAAAGCCAAGUUCGAUGCACUUAAAGAAGCAUAUUACCAACUAAGAGCUGCAGAAGUCAAUGGGGUUGCUCUAGCAGAAAAAGUUACAGAAGAUGGAAGGGCUGUCUAUGGAGCAUGGGGAUCCCAGGAAGUAACAGCUGAAGGAGACAGCAUGACUUUAGUAAAGAAUGCAAUUGAAGGACUAUUAGCAGUACUGGCCAAUUCAAAUGCCCUAGUUCAGGCAGUGGAACAAUUUGCUGUGCCAGCAGGGGCUUUCCUGUCUAGACUUAGAAGGCAGAGUGCUGCUUUCCGCUCACAUUCUGGUUAAUAUGGAACCCUUUCCUCGUAGUGCUUAGUAUUUUGAUCCUUGAAGUGUGUAAUACAUUGUCUGUACUAUUAUUUUAAUUUAAUAUCACUAUCUUCAUGUAAAAAAGGCAACAGGUGGUCUUAUGGAACAGUCAGACUUUAGCAUGACUGGAUAUUCUUUUGUGUUGGUCACCUGAGCACAGGUUAUGUUAGUUUUCAAAGCAUCUGAGUUGUCUGUUUGCAUUACAGCAAUCAUAGGAGAUGCAGAAAAAGAUGAAAUUUUUCGUUUACAAAUGUGUGUCAUUUCCAUGUAAACUAUAACAUAUCAGGAUGAAUAAAAUCAUAAGAAAAAAUUGUGAAAUUACAACCAUUUAAGCAAUCAAUUAUACAGUAACAAGGUGUCAGAUAAAAAACCUUACUGAGGUGCAUCAGCUGAUGUACCCAAUUUUGUUAGCAUAUCAUAUUUUAGUGAUAAAAUAAAUUUUAUCAAAGUCUGUUUAAUUAAUCAGACAAGGUAUCUACACAUAAUAGCAAUGUAGCAAUUUUUAGGAUGCAGUUUCCCAUACUACACAGUAGUUUAAUUAACCAGACAAGGUAGCUACACAUAAUAGAAAUGCAGCAUGUUUUAGGAUGCAGUCCCCCAUACUACACAGUAGUUUAAGGUGUAUGUCUUACAUGAGUAAUUGAGUUACUUCUAGACAAUUAAUGCUUUUGUGGUUAGUAACCCAUAAUUUAAACUCUCUUACAGUUAUGUGAAAACUGAUUGUACUAACAGAAUGGGGAGGUAAUUUCCCUUAAGAAUGAUGUACCACUUUUUGUUAGUAAUGAAUUUCAAACAUUAUUAAUAAAUUCAAUAAAAUUGUGCAUCUUGCUGAUCAUAAA